CCCUCGCAGCUCGCUCCGCCUGCUCCGCUCUCACUAUGUCUGAGACCGCGCCGCCCGUGCCGGCCACCUCCACUCCCCCCGAGAAGCCUGCGGCUGGCAAGAAAGCCAAGAGGCCGGCCAAGGCUGCGGCUGCUGCCAAGAGGAAGCCCGCGGGCCCCUCCGUGUCGGAGCUGAUCGUGCAGGCGGUGUCGUCUUCCAAGGAGCGCAGCGGCGUGUCCCUGGCCGCGCUCAAGAAGGCGCUCGCGGCCGCCGGCUACGACGUGGAGAAGAACAACAGCCGCAUCAAGCUGGGCCUCAAGAGCCUGGUGAGCAAGGGCACCCUGGUGCAGACCAAGGGCACCGGCGCCUCGGGCUCCUUCAAGCUCAACAAGAAGGCGGCCUCGGGGGAGGCUAAGGCCAACCCCACGAAGGUGGCGAAGGCCAAGGUGACGGGCGCUUCUAAAAAACCUAAGAAGGUCACGGCGACUGUUAAAAAAGCUGUUAAGACUCCGAAAAAGGCCAAAAAGCCGGCUGUGGCCAAGAAGUCGUCCAAGAAGCCCAAGGUUGUGAAGCCUAAGAAAGUAGCCAAGAGUCCUGCCAAAGCCAAGGCUGUUAAGCCCAAGGCGGCCAAGGCGAAGGUGACCAAGCCAAAGACGGCAGCCAAGCCCAAAAAGGCCGCACCCAAGAAAAAGAUAAUGCGAACAAGUUCUCUACCGCUGUUCAUUUAGCAGUCUGUCCUGGAUCUUUGGCUGUAAUGGGACCCAGAGCUCUCCAUCUCUUUCCACGGGGAUUACAAACAAUGCCGUGAACAUUCCUGCACGUGUGUUUUGGCACCUAUGUGGACACAGUUCUGGAGCUCCACGACUGAUGUUCACAUGGCUGACCCGCCGUCCUCAGCCCCCCUGGAGGAAGAGCAGAUCCUGUGUGGCCCAAAGCUCCCAUUAGGAGUUAUACUGUUGACUGUUCAGUGGCCAAGGCCACCAGGUAAACAAAGACACUCUUAUCGGGAAGGGACACUCCAAGGGCCUAGAGACCACCUCCUAGCAGCCAAGGGCAAAGGCCAGACCUCUCUUUGGGCCCUGGAAAGACACCUGGCUUCCCAUGGCUCGUCACCCUGGCUGGUCUGGCCAUCCUCCUCCAGGACAGAGCUGGGGUUCGAAGACCACCAGAGGACAGAUACUUACAGAAUCCGAUGUCCCGAGGGAGAACCUGCGGACCAGCUAACAGGAAGGAGGGGACAGAAACGGCCCAGGACUCAAAGCGGGGGAGGGGCAGAGAAUGAAGCUCAGACACCCGCUCUAGCAUUUCCUGGCCACUGAUCUUUGACAAUCGGCUUCAUGUCUCAUAGGUCUGGAAUUCUUGGCUACAAACUGGAGUUUCACAGCAUCCCCUACCUCACAGGAGUAGAUCAUUUACACGGAACAAGAACGACAAAGAGGGCCGCUAGCUGAGUGGGGGCUACACACACCGCUCGCCAGGGCCGCCUGCUAAGCCUUCAGGCAUUUUGAGAGCUGCUUGUUUAAACUCAACGAUUAUUAAAAAUUGAAUUAUAUAAACUUACAAUUAAAUAGCUUAUAUAAAAAGCAAAGUUAAGGGCGCCUGGGUGGCUCAGUUAAGCGUCUGCCUUCGACUCAGGUCAUGAUCCCAGGGUCCUGGGA